AUGGUGACGAUGUCUGCAUCGUCGGCGGCUGAUGCGGCGCACCCCGUGACGAGUCGCAACGAGCUAUGGGCAGACAAGUACAAGCCACGCUCCAUUGCUGAGAUGUGCUACCCGGUCUGUGCGAACAAGCUGAAGGCGUGGCUGGAGAACUUCACACCUAUCGGCAGCCCCGGCGAUGACCCAAAGAAGCCGCAUGGUGUGCUCCUGUCCGGUUCUCCAGGCGUGGGUAAGACGACGACAGUGUACGUGGUGGCACGGGAGCUCGGCCGAACAGUUGUGGAGUACAACGCAAGCGACUUCCGCAGCCGCAAGUCGCUCAGGGAAAACGUGUCGGACCUCAUCAACAACCGUGCGUUUUCCGCGAGAGCCACAUCGUACACAACUGUGGUGUUGUUAAUGGACGAGGUGGACGGCUGCGACAUUGGAGGUGUCGGCGAGGUGAUUGAGAUGCUCAAGUCGACCCGCAUCCCGAUCCUGUGCACCUGUAACGAUCGCUGGCACCCCAAACUGCGCUCGCUGCUCAACUACGUGGAGGACAUGCGCUUUAGCCACCCGCCGUGCAAUGUUGUGGCGAACUACCUGUGUGACCGUGUCCUGGCACGCGAAGGUAUUUCGUUAUCCAAGCCGCUCCUGCAAGAUAUCAUCAAGACCUCCGGAAGCGAUAUCCGCAGCAUGCUCAACAAUCUGCAGCUCUGGUGUCUGAGACGCAUCUCGCUCGAGCAGCGGCAGCUUGCCGAGUGCGCCGCGCAGUCGACGAAGGACAGCGAUGCCGGCCUCUUCGAUGCCGCUGAGUACUUCUUGCUGCAGGGCACGUCGCGUGGAGAGCGGCACUCCAUCGCUGAGAUGCAGGCCCGCUACUACAACGCCGACCUAGUGGACAUGUUUGUGCAGGAGAACUAUCUGCACUACAACCCGCAGCUGGUGGAUGGGCGGGAUUGGAUGGAGGCCGUCUCGCAGGCCGCCACGUCGAUCUCGCGCGCGGACGCGGCGCAGCGCAUUAUGUACUAUGAACAAAAUUGGUCCGUAUCCCGCUUCCACGUCCUGUCCUCCAGCAUUGCCCCGUGUGUGUACACGCGCGGCAAGUACGAAACCUUCAUGACAGGGCAGCAGAAGUUCUUCGACAUGCAGCGGCCCGUGAAGUUCCCGACGUGGCUCGGGCACAACUCCUCCGCAAACAAGAACCGCCGUCUGCUGCGCUGUGUCGCCAUGCAGGCGUCACACCCGGCGAAGGGUGUGUCGGGAAAUCAGGAGGACGUGGUAGCGGACUACAUGCCGCACGGCUGGGAGCGUCCACUGACGGUGCCGCUGGCAACGAAAGGGAAGGACGGCAUCGCCGACGUCAUCGCCUCUAUGGAUCAGUACAACCUCAUGCGCGAUGACUGGGACCUCGUGCAAACGCUGCCGCACUACAAGCACAUGCAGUCGCCCAGCUCCAUGGCGCCGCCGGUGAACAUCACCACCGCCGUCAAGACCGCCUUCACACGUGAGUUCAACAAGACGCAUCGCUUUGACAGCUUCGCGAAGAGCGCGCUAAAGCGCGGCGAUGAGGAGACACAAGAAGACGAAGAGGGCGGACAGGGAACCGGCGCCGGUGGCAAUCGCAAAGCUGGGAAGGUGGCCAUGGACGGUGUAACAGUCGUGAGCGUCACGGGCAAUGGCGCUGCUGUCACGAAGAAGAAAGGCAAAGUGGCUGCUGGCGCUGCCACCAUCUCUACGACGGCAGCCGCGACACGCAAGCCACGGGCCAAGAAGAGCACUCCGGCUGAUGGUGCUGCCAGAACGACUGCAAAGAAGGCGCCGAAGAGCUCGACGCGGGUGAAAGCCAAGGCAUCACCGGCGACAACAAACGCGAAGCGAAAGCGCGCGCGCGCGACUUCCUCGGAGAGUGAGGAGGAGAGCAUGUCGUCAUUAUCCUCGGCGUCCUCCUCGUCUGCACCCUCUUCGAGCAGCAGCAGCAGCAGCAGCAGCAGCAGUGAUACCUCCGACAGUGAGUAA